AGUUCCUUGUUGAUAAAAGGUUCACCUACCGUCUUGAGACCCCCAUUCACCCUUGAUAAUUGAGCUUUUUUUCUUAUUCUUUGAUACACUUUUUAAGUGCUUAAUCACACAAUCACAAGUAAGAGCAGUAACUUCCUUUUUUUCUACAUGUAGGCAAGAACAUUUGUUCGUCAGUUGUAGUAGUCACACAUAGUCGAGGUGGUCCUGACUGAUCGCCAUUCUUGAAACAAGAACUUUUAGUAGCCUCCUGCGUGAAGAUUGUACAAGUUUGACGCACAUCAUCUGCACUUCUAAGAAUUUCGUACUAUAGUUGAGGUGAAAACUCUUGGUAACCAAACAACAAUCAAUCUCUGUAUAGCUGACUCUGAACAACAUCUUCAGAAUCACAAUCAGAAAGCAAGGAUGGCUUUCUGCUGAAGGUUCGAUAAUGCAUUCGAACAGCCGCGAGAUUCCCGAUAUAGAAUCUGUUCGUGCCAAACUCUACGCACGAUUGAAGGCAGCUCCUGUAGAAGAAGAGGAGGAGCUUCCUGUAGUAUGUCCAGUGACUGGAGGUGGUACAGCGGCUGAAGGUAUCACGGGUGUAGGUGUAGGUCUAGGUGUACCUGUUGAUGCAGGAGGAGCAGAGACCACGCCGAGCGCAGCUGUUGAGCUGACAAAUCUUGAAAGUGGCGACGCAGCUCUUGUUAGAGCACAGCAAGAAGUUCUAAGAGCACAGCAACUUCUAGGUCCUCUAGGCCAGGUUGCGCAGGUUGGAGUUAAUAAGCCGUCACGUGUGAACGCUGUUCCGAACUCAUUAGCCUCAAAAACACUAGUUCUUGCUAGCAGUCCAAUUCCUGCUAGCAGUCCAAUUCCAACAGCAUCACCGAUUGCGACGAGUACAAGGCGAAGUUCGUCGUACAACAAACAGGUGCUCUCAGGCCACUGCUUUCGGCACCUGGGGGACUUGUACGACCGUCCCCACUUCGUAAACUGUGGGGCAACUAGUGUGCCUACCAGCCGCAACAGCAGUAAGAGGUCAAUUGAUGUAACCUCGAAGAACGGGGGAAGUAAGGAGCUACAACAACUGGAAGAGUCCGCAUCAACAGCACCAGCGAAUCUGCAGGCGAACAACAAGCAAGUCACGACUACUGGGGUUGCUCCUCAGUUUACGAAAGCCAGUGUUGUGACGAGUUGUGAAGAAAACCUCAGCAAAGAAGAUCAAAAGAUUCUCGUGGACCAGCCAAGUCUGGCCGUGAAUUCUGAGUCCUAUUCAAAUUUGUUUUCUAGACUGCGCGAGGACUAUCUCCUUACGAUUGGGAAAACGACGGGACCUCCGCCACAGGUUUCCCCGAAAAAGUUGUGGGCUGAUCUGGACGACAGUGUGGAGAUGGAGCGCCACGAGUACUACGCGAAAAUCGACACCGCGAAAUAUUAAGGCUUCCUCUAAUCCGUCUCUGUAUUUAGCUAUCGAUCCCUCAAAGAUACAUAUGUUGCACCCCAAUUUAUUAUAGCAGGGGAACAAUACUACUGAGGCAUAUCAUCCUUGAGGGGUUUCCACAGGGAUGAAUUGGGGAGAGCUCUAAAAAUACGGUUACUCCUGGAUGCACGACUUGAACACAACAAAGAUUGAGCCUUCCCUCGUCGACGCCGACUUUUACAAGAAUGGUCUUGAUAUCACUUUUGUAAAAGACGACAACGUCAUGAUCCCCAAUGCGAGCAUGCCUCCGUCGAACAGAGCUCCUAGACAGGAAGGGAGUGCUGUUAUGAACGUGGAGGAAGUCGAGCAAAGUGGGCUGGAGACGACGAACAACGGAAUAAUCGCUCCUGUUCUUGCGGACGGGAGGAGAAGCACUGCGGCAGCACGAUCCGUCUCACGUCGUUCGGUUACGUUUAAAACUCCAAGCGAUUCAGUGUCGGCUGACACAGCGAGUCAAGAGGAACAGGAGUCCUUUAGUACUAAGAUGGAAGGUGUUACACGAAAUACUGAGUCGAGCUCGAGAGUUCAGCUUGGUGGCUUUGCGGUAGUGACGGAGGACGGCGACAGCGAAACUGAUAAUGUUGCGGGAGCAGGUGGGUCGAGUGGGGAAGGAGCUUCUACCCCGACCGGCCUUUCGCGUGGUACCAGAAUCGAGACGAGCGUGGGGUCGGCUCACAUGAGUAGCAGUGGCAUUACGCUCACUUGCGAUGUAGAUAUUAAGGCUUACCCUUAUCCAUCUUCGGAGGCAUCCUGAAGAGGCAGAUCCAAGGAAAAAAGCUCCCAGGAUGCGUCUCAAGAUGGAUAAGGGUGAGGUCUAAAGAUAAGAUUUGCAGUCCUGUGUUGGCACGAGCGCCCAGCUGCAGCUACGACGAGUUCUGUAAUCGCAUCAUGGACGGUUUAGACGUCGCUUUUUCCGCCUGCCGUUACAAUCCGGAGCGCCGCGAGCUAGGACGCCAGACUUCGUUCCAAAGCACGAUGAUUUACUACAAUGACGCGGAUGUGGAGGAUGGUCAAGAAGAUGUUAAAAACGACGUGGUAGAGUCGGCAUCUACUUCUCGUUCUGCAUCUACUUCUCGUUCUACUUCCUUGUCGGGGUACUCAUCAGGUAAUCGCGGUCGCAGAUCCCAACAACCGGCUUCGGCCGCUAUGCGCUGGGGCCAAUUCGCUGGUGCGUCGGCGCGAAGCAGACUCCUGUCUUCGUCUGGAAUGCGCGAAGGACGCAGCACCAUGCAAAGUAAUAGUUCUUUCUCGACACCCUCCGCGAUUGAAGGGAACCACGCAGCGGGCGCGCCCCUGUACUAUCCUGAGCAAGAACCGCGCAGCUCUGUUGCGAGUGGCGGAGCUUCGCGUGGUAGGUCGCGCAAUGAUGAAACGCCAAGACAGAAGCCGCCUGAAAACCAGGAUUCCUCCGCAAUCGAACGCAGAGUUGCGCGUGGUAAGGGGAAAGGUUCGACGAGUUCUGGAGGUCGCGGUAGCGCUCAAGAGACCGAGCAGUCUUCUGGAAAGCCGAUGAAGAGCAGUAAGUCAAGCGGAGCAGGCAAAGGCGGUAGGGAGCGCGGAAGCGAGCGAGAGCCCUCUACAAAAGGUGGGUCGGCUCCUACCCGAGGACGCGUUUCCUCCGGCGGUUCGACAAACGAGCGGCUGUCAAAUCUGUACAACCAGGGACGCGAGGAUAUCAAGGAGGGCACGACUAGCGGUGGAGGUGGAACUGCGCCAGCGAAAUCAGCUGAGUCCGACUUGAAGCGGGGACCACAAGCAGCAAGUUCCAGUGCGGGGAAAGGCGGAAAAAGCACCGGCACUAGCUCGUCCAAUGCAGGAGCACGUGGUCAGACGUCGAAAACAGGCUCAUCCAGCGCGGUAAAAAGCGCGAAUAAUGCAGGAGGCGGACCUUCAGCAAGUAAGGAAAUCACCGAACAACCCGUAAAGGGAAUGAGCGGACGCUUACCCUCGGUAAAAGAAGAGACGCAAGAUGAAGUGAUCUGGAAUGCAGACGAGGACGAAGCAGGAAUGGUGGAGAUGCCAGGAGUGCAAGAAACGGUUCCAGAAGCAGGAGGAAGUGCCAGAAACAGUAUUGGCAGUAUUGCUGCUGACGAGCAGUCCACUGAAAGUAGUGGGGCCAUCUUUUCUCCUGACGCGCAUUCCAUUGCAGAGGAAGCUAUGCCGCAACCCGUGACGCAAGUAGAGUCGCCUUCCGUGGCUAAAGACACGGUCCGAGUCGAAGGCGAAGCAGCGUUUGCCAUCACAUUGGGCGCAGAUGAGGAAGGCGCCGACGCCGUGCCUGCGGCGAAGACGAGCUUCUUUGAGCAGGCGGGAAGCUACGUUCGUUCGGUCUUUGGCGGCGGACCACCGGCCGCAAGUGCUGGAGAGGAACACGAGGAGCCUUCCGCUACACCUGCCUGGACGCGGUCCCGGGAAAUCGGGGACUUGAAGAAGGCACGCUCCGAACAACAUGACGCGAUUCCGGAAGGACCGCUGACGGCUCCACAUCUGCGUCUCGAGUGCCUGCAAAUCCACCCUCCGCGCCUGACUCCGCGGACGCCGCGCACUCGUCCCGAGCAUGCCAUGGUCGGCGUGGUGCCCAUGCGCGGACGCAUGCCUUUCGUGGCUGGUGACAGCGCAGUGUCUUCACCUUAUCGCGCCACAAGUGCUUCUUCAAUGCCACCGCAGCAUAGCUAUAGCGCUGCAUCACGGGUGAUGAACUAUGAGCAACAAUCUCAACGUCAGCAGCAAAGCCAAAGCGAUGUGGCACAGCUGGCCGCGGCCCGCGUGGCGCAGCAGCGACUCCCGCGUCCGGCGCUCGCGGUGCCGUCAGGCUCGAAAAUGACCACAACGGGCAUCAUCACUGCCGUGACCACGACCGGCUUCGCUGCAGAUCUGCCGGACAGUCCUCGUACGGCCGUGACGUUUGACGUAGCUUCCGCCGUGGCCAGUAAGAUGAGCCGGAGCAAGAGUCCGCCACCUGCGAUGGGCGCCAACUUGUUUGACGAGAAGCACAUGACAGCUCGACGCCAUAUUAUCAAGGUGCAUGAUUUCAUCAGUUCCGAUGAGGAGGAGACAGGCGAGAACUACAAUGCGCAGCGGGAGGACAACGGCGAGAAAGCUGAUUAUGGAGGUCAUUAUCAUCAUGUUCAUCAUGGUCAGAGCCAAUUCCUGAAAGCCCGUGCUACCGUUGGCGCUGAUGAGAAUGUCACUGGCGACGAGGAGGACCGCUUUGACGACGACAAAAAUGGUGAAGCAGGAGCGCCAGACGGACCCGCCAGCGAUGAAUAUGGUCAUUCAAAUUUAAUGGAGCGGCGCAAAUUGAGCAAGGACGUUAUUUCGCCUGAGCGACGUAAGAUUCUCGCUAGGAUUGCAGCGGACCCGCCGCCACCUGCUCCGAAGCCAGAGCCAAAGCAGAUAUCUCCUGAGCAAAAGGAGAUUCUCCAAAAGAGAAGACGCCAAGAGAAGAAACGGGCAGCUGCAUUGAAGAAGCGACAAGCCGCCGCGGCAGCUGCCGCGGCUGCUGUAGCGAGUGACAGUGCCUUGCAAAAAGGUUCAGGAAGCAGUAAGUCCUUGUUCUCUUCUGAGUCCUCUUCUGAGUCCUCAGCUGGAGAAGAUGAAGAUGGCAGUGACUUGUCGAGUUUGCUCUCGUCGGAGACCGAAGCGCAACAAGCGAAACUCGCGGAAGCAAAGGUGGCUCUGUCUAGGGUUUCUAACUUCGCAGUGUGUGUUCGCCAGCAACUGCGGGAACUGAACGACGCAUCGGCCAGCGGAGCAAUGCCGCCUGUCGAUUUGACUACUUUCUCACAGAAGAAGUACUCAUCAAAGGACUCUGUUCUUCGAGCAGCACACGAUAAAAACAAUAUUACUGGUACAGCAGGAUCGGGUGAAGCAGACGUCGAGCAGGGAAGUGCUGCCCCAGGAGAGGGAGGAGCAGUGAACGUUCAAAAGGCUAAACAGUUGGAUUUGCCUCGAAUUCCGAUUUUGGACGAAGUGUUUUCGCCAAGGAAUUUACAGAGCCAUCAUCAUGUGUCUUCGAGUGUGGCUUCAUCGCCUCGUGGUGCUGGAGGAGCUUUGGUUUCGGCGAGGCAUGCGGAGACCCGGGAGCGACAUUUGAGUUCGGCGCGCCAAGCGCUUCGUCCACAGCUAGACCAAGUCACGUUCAAGUCCUCUCGCGUUCGUUCCCCUGAGGAGCAAGAAUUGGCGGACCGGGAUCACUUCUUCGAGCGGAUGGGACAGCGCCGAGGAGCUUCUCCAAAAAUUGCUUUUGGUGCUGGUGGAGGUCAUCUUCAGAGUCAUCAUCCUAGCCAACAUCAAAACAUGGCUGCGACCGGACCGGUGUCAUCAGGUACGUCGAUCGCGACUUUGGCCUCGCAUGGGCAGAGGAUGGACGAACAGGUCAUCCCUUCGCGACGCGGCAGUAGCAUGUUCCAGCCAGCGAGUCCACGCCCGCUUCGCAUAUCGCAAAUGCUGGUGGACUCGUACUUUACCUCGCCAGACGGGCAAGUCGUGACGCGCGGCGACAUCAUCGUGCGCGGCGCACACGCGGCGGCGGCGGCGGCUUCUGCUGGCGUAGCGAGUUGUUCCAUGGGAGUUGGUUCUGGAGCUUCUCGAGUGGGUUCUGGCGCUGCUCCAGUAGGCUUGUCACCAAGAGUCCACAGCGCAGGACUCUCGGCAAAGCACACAACUACGAUCUUGGCUCCAAUGCACAUCCCUGGCGUCCGUUUGGGUGCGGAUGGUCAUAUCCAGCUCAACCAGGCUGAAUCAUCGCCGAAAACCUUCACCCCGCGCAGUGAGGAGCAGCAAGCAGCCUAGGCACUUAUUUGAAUUAUGCAGCGUGUGUAAGUACUUAUAAAUGGUUAUUAUGACGUUUCUGGAAGACACGCUUCUAGAAAUUUAGUUGGUAGAAGGUAUGAGAAGUACUUCUUCUUGGGGAAUGCUCCAAGUAGAAGUUCAAAGUGAGGACGUAGGGGUUACUUUGUGAACUAACAUUGGACGCAAGCUAGGACAAGACUAAGUAGAACUAGAAACGAUAUGAGAUUUUAAAACCUGGUGAACUUUGAAUGAGUAACGGCAUUCAUAACUAGCUAAGAAGAGUUUUGUAAUAAUUUUCGAUGGUCGUGUAGAGUACAGCUUGACUUUGAACUGCAAAAAUUUUUUUCUGAGGAUUGAACGAUUCUUGUGGAUCAUCAACAUCGUCGUUAGAUUUAGUAGAUGUCAUAAACGUAGUCAUUUUACGGGGAAAGGAUUUGAUAGUAAAUUUGAUAGUAACAAGGCAAAAUGAAUUCUUAUGGAUCUUCAUGUCUUCGUAUGUAGUUAGUAUGUUGAACAACGGUAGUUUAUGUUAAUUCUUUCGACGUUAAGGAUGCAGCUUAUCUAAUGUAUACUACGAACUUCAACACUUUGGAAUGAUGGACUCUUGAUUAGUAGGAAAUAACGGGUUGAACAAUUGCUAGAUCAGCAGAGCGAUGCGUAGACCGACUCUAUUUGAUGUACUAAAAUGGAAGUUCUUUAUCGUGAAAUAACUGCAAAUAAUACUAGAAGCUGCUCAGAAAUUCUUGCGUCGGCAUAAUAGAACAACAACAUUUGAAAUCGUAAUAUUUUAGUAUCGAAAAAACUCUCAAACAUUGCAUAAAAAUGAUCGUUGGAAAUGCGAGGAAGAUUAGCGCGUUUAGGAAGGGUAAACUGUAAAAGAUAUUUAUUGCACAUUGCAAAU